AUGUGGGUUGGGAGUGGCCGCAGCUCCGGCACGGGCUUGCGCACAGUCAGCGCUCAGCCGCCGCCCAGCAUGGACGAGAAGCCCGAGAUCCAGCUCUUCGUCAAGGCGAGCGAGGACGGGGAGAGCGUGGGGCACUGCCCCUUCUGCCAGCGGCUCUUCAUGGUGCUGCUGCUCAAAGGAGCGCCCUUCACCCUCACCACCGUGGACACGAAGAGGGCACUGGAUGUGCUAAAGGAUUUCGCGCCCGGCGCUCAGCUGCCCGUUCUGCUCUACAACGGAGACUCCAAGACCGAUACAGUCACCAUCGAGGACUUCCUGGAGGCCAGGCUGGCCCCCCCCGCGUUCCCCAGCCUGGUCCCGCGGUACAAGGAGUCAAGGCUGGCUGGAAACGACAUCUUCCACAAGUUCUCCACCUUCAUCAAGAACCCAGUGCCUGCUCAGGAUGAGGCGCUGCAGCGGAACCUGCUGAAGGCUCUGCUGAAGCUGGAUGAGUACCUGAGCACACCCCUGGAGCAUGAGCUGGCCCGAGAGCCCCACCUCCGCACCUCCCAGCGCCGCUUCCUCGACGGCGACCAGCUCACGUUGGCUGACUGCAACCUGCUGCCCAAGCUCAACAUCGUGCAGAUUGUCUGCCAGCAUUACCGCCGCUUCGGCAUCCCCAAGGACCUGCAGGCUGUGUGGCGCUACCUUAACAACGCUGCUGAAACCAAGGAGUUCAAGUACACCUGUCCCAGCAGUGAGGAGAUCGUGCAGGCCUACCGCUCCGUCGUCCGGUCCCCGCAGUGAGCCGGGCAGACGCCCAGGCGGGCACAGGGCCGGGCACCAGCUCAGCACCUGCCUGGUCCUGCUGCUCCCACCGCCAUCCUGCCCGCACGCGCUUGGGGAGGGCAGAGCAUCGGCACCCAAAUUUCCCCAGCUGGCACCCAAGGUGCCUCACACUGAGCCUGCCAAUGCUUUCUUGCUUCUCGUGUCACCCUCUCUGCUUGGCCGGGACACCCUCGACCCACCCUGUGGUCCCUCAAGCUUUAAGGAUGGGUACAGCCAUGGGCACCGCUUGAAACAGAACUGGGUGAUGCAGAGGGAACACUGGGGGCUGGGGAAGAAAACCUGCCUGGAGGGCAGUGCACUGCAGUGGGAAUCCCUGCAGCCGCCCACCACACGAGCUGCCCUAAGCAGGGCUGUGGCCAGGACAGCUGGCACUGCAGUGUCUGUGAGCAGCAGCACAGGGUGAGGGGAACAGGCACAGGUGUGGCAAAGCCCUGGGAAUGGAGCUGGAGGGGACACUGCAGCACCCUGCCCUGUCACCACUGCCCUGGCAAGGGGAGCAGAGGGCAAUGUCCCACCAGGACUUGCUGCUAGGAAGCUCUCUGGAGCAGAUUUGGGACAGGGAUGGGGAUGAAAUGGGGAAAGUCCAAGCCAUGCAUCAGAGCACUUGGAAAUCAAUAAAGGCUUUGCAAGUGAGACAGGAGUGUGUCUGCAGUGACCUGCUGCUGUAGCUGCCCCCUUUGCAUGGCUUGGCUCUUUGGGAGGGUGGAGAGGCUCUCACCAGUCACCCACUCGUCACUGGCACAAAACUGGCGAGAAAGCGCACUCUUUGGAGCCUUUGAGCUUCCAGAUUGAGCUGAAAUUGGCUGCUGAGCAAUAGAAGUGUAGAAUGAAAUGACAUACACACUGUCACGCUGGCCGGGUACCCAGACCUGCUGGCCAAAACCAGAAAUGAGCUUUACUGGCAAUAAGUUAAGCACAGACAACCUU